AUGUAUCUAAAUAUUCUUGUGAAGGAUUUGGCUGGUAUACCAAGAUACUUCCAUCUAGAUCAUAUGGAAAUUCCGAGUCUUAUAAUGCUGGCAUUAGAACAAGCUACCUUUCAUCCACCCCGAAAUAUUAAUCCAAGUUCUACCGUUUUCACGCCUCCAUAUAAUAAAUAG